AGAGCCAAACCAGCAGCGUGCUGUAACGUAAAGCUGGAGCGCUAGGCUGCACUCAUCACUCACUAAAUUCAGUAUGGUCUCAUCUGAGGCUGUAUGGGAUAGGAUAGGGAUGUGUUAAUGUGCACGGGGAGGAGGGGUUGAGCGGGGGAGAAGGACGAAGGGCGGGGAGGGGGGCUCCUACCACCGCAGGGUGCGCGGCUGAAUCACCGAGCGCGCCUCCGUCGGAUCUUCUCUUCCUACCGUCACACCCACUGCUCGGUGUUGUGGGUUCGCCCCGUUGAGAAGGGGAGGACCGACGUCUCUCGCGGCAGCAGCGAGUGCUGCAGUGCGAGCGCAGCGGGGGACUCGGAAGCGAGGAGAGAGGGGGGAGAAAAAACACAAGCCCACAUCAGCCGCCUUAUUGCCGAAACUUGGUCUAUGGAGAGAUCUGCAACAGCGCCGUAGCGACGCAGGCCGACAUGGAAGAGUAUUUGCGGAGGGUCCAGAGCAGACUCGGGGCAUCAGAGGGUCCCGUCCAUGCUGUUUUAGGUGGACCUGAGCCAGAUGUUGACACUGUAGCAGCAACACUGUGCUUAGCUCUACACCUCAGCCAGAGAGAAUCAUCAGGUGGAGUGUGUGUGCCGGUGCUGUGUGGCUGCAGAUGUGACACCGUGUUGCCCGAGGAGACGGCGAGGUAUCUGAAGAGGGUGAAGCUUUGUGAGAGCUUGCUGCUUUGGAGAGACGAUGUAGACCUCAUGAGACUACAUCGCGCCAAAAGGCUCUCGCUCACACUGCUGAGAAAUGGACUGCUAGACAGCUCUGAGUGCCGCACUCUGGAGUCCAGCAUCCAGCGAGUGGUCUAUCAUGACGGGCAGCAGGACGCGGGGGAUGAUGGGGCAUUGUCCGCGGUGACGACAGUCACCAAAGAGAUUCUUCAAGAGGCAGCAGAGCACAUCAGAGCAACGCUGGGGGAGAUUCUUGGAGAGGCCCUGCGACUCCAGACAGAAGCCUUUUGGAUGAAACAUGGCCGUCAUUCAGCACAGCUGGAGGAGCUCGUGAAAUCCUUGGAGCAAUGGGGGGAAGUCGCUGUUGGUGAGCACAAUGAAGUGAAGUUACAAGACUUGAUGCAGCAGCUGACUCUGGAGGUAAAGGAGUUUUCGGAUGGAGAGAUGACCGUAGUACUCACUUCGAUGGCUACAGAUAAGGAGGACUGGCAUGAUUAUCUGGAUGUGCUUAAAUCGUUCAGUCACCACCAUAGGUUCGAUGGUAUUGUGGUUCUCUUAUCCGUCAGUGAUUCAGUUCACCAUCCCCGCCAGCAGGUGGCUGUCUACUCAAACAACACAGAUAUCCUGAAACAGAUCUGCUCCGAGCUUGAAGAAUCCUCCAGUUGGUCUCUUUCUGGUGAACUGGAGGCUCUGGAGAGUCUUCAGGUUUAUCAUAUUCCACUGAACACCUCUGCAUCCUCUGGUUGUCCACCACUGCUCGCGGAGGAGAUCCAGGGCAUCCUUAAGGACUUUGUCGACCGGCGUAGUUCUGUUUUAGCCUGCCACCCCAGCAGUAGGACUUCUUCCACAGACGGAGUAGCAGGCAGUGUGGAGUUCUCCCAGGGAUCAUCUGGCAUCAAUGACAUGGAUGGUUCUGAUAUAGAGAGAGCAGAAGGAGGCAAUGGCGACACAGUGGCAAUAGCAAGGGUAAUGGGAGAUGGUGAAGAGGACGCAGGAGGUGCAGGAGUCAAUGUCGGUGGGGAGCUAGUGAGCCCUGACAGCGGAAUGACCACCAUUCGUAGCAGCCGCUCCUCCAAAGAGAGUUCGAUUUUCCUUAGUGAUGACAGUCCGGUGGGUGAGGUGAUAGCUGGUGGUGGUCCAGCAGCAGGGCCAGGAGGACUCUUUCUGAGAAACCCCUCUCCUUUGGGGUUGUUAUCUCUUUCCCCUCCUGUCCCACCAGAGAGGAAGAAACACCGCUCGAGCAGACACAGGAGCGAUAACUUUGACCUGUUUCAUUUUGACCCGCUGCAUAGCAGUGACCAGUCUACGCCAGUAGGAGGAGAAGUGGCAAAUUCUGGAGAAACAGGAUAUGAAGAUGAAAGAAGAGCAGGGAGCUCUAGUCUGUCAGAGCUCGAUGAGCUAAGCUUUCUUGAUUUCUCUGCUCCCAACUCAGUGGGAGGUCUGGAAAGUGGAAAUUGUUCAAUUGAUCGCCGCGGUUCAAGCCAUGGGAACGAGAUGAUUGACACCGUGGUCCCUCCAACCCCGGUCAACAGCCUGGUUGGUAGCCGCCCACCCAGCAGUUGUGGCGUCAGGUUCUUUCCAGAAGAUGUUGUUGAAAGGAUCAAUUGCCUACAGCAUAAAGACAGUGUGUCAUCUUCUUUGUCCGAGACCUGGGAUGAACUGGGCUUUGACACACAAGGAGCAUAG